AUGGAUCUCGUGCUUCAUCGUAUUGAUAAUGAAUUACCUGAUAUACAUCAAGAUAUUAAACGUAUCUUAGGUGAAAUUUAUAAAAGUCAAAUAAUGUUUUUUAAUGAAAUGCAGCAACAUGAUAAAUGUGAACAAUUAAAUGAUUUAUUUGAUCGAUUAAUUAAAAAGUUAAAUGAUGAAUUUUAUACAAAAAAGAUGCAUGAUUUUCAAAUCGAAAUUAUAUGUGAUCAAAUCAAAAACGAUCUUGAAAGAUGGAAAACAAAAUGGAUAAAUCCUGUCUUGAAUAUUCAACAAUCUAAUCAAGCAUUCAGUGAGCUUAUUCAACAUGUAGAAGCUGGAUUUCGUAUCAUGUCAACAAUCUUUAAAUAUGUUUCAAUAAAAACAGCUACAGUAUCUGAUAAAAUCGUCAAAGUCGAAGCUGUAAAUGUUCAAUUACAAACUCAGGUUCAACAAAUACAAGGACAAAUGAAAGAUUUGCAAUCGAACGAAGCGAAACGGGUUAAAAAAGAAAAAAAACUUGAAAAACAAAUAUUGGUACGGGAUUUAUUUAUUAUUGGUCGUCAACGACUCCUCAAUGAAUUUGAUAAGCUUUUUGAUCAACUUAUUGGUACAGCUGUUUUUAUGAUUUUUAUUAUGGCUUUAAGAAAUGAUUUUAAUCAUAUGAUAUCUGAAGUAGCUAAACCAUUUGUAUUUACUCUUAUUAUCUUUGCUAUAACUUCAGCAUUUGCACGUAAUUCAGAUGUAGCAAUUAAUCCUUUAUGUAUAGAAUAUAAUAUUUAA